UAUAUAUAUACACACUUUACGAUCAUUGACUCUCCAUCUUCUUCUCCUUUUUUGCAUCAUUUCAUUACAAUCUUUCAUUCUUCUCUGUAUUUUCGUCUCCGAUCAAGUAAUUAUGUUUGGUGGCAGAUGGCUAGUAGCGGUGCGCCCCGUUUGAAUGAGAGGAUCCUUUCGUCUAUGUCCAAAAGAACUGUUGCUGCACAUCCAUGGCAUGAUCUUGAGAUUGGACCUGGAGCUCCCAAAAUCUUCAAUGUUGUGGUUGAGAUCACCAAGGGAAGUAAGGUUAAAUACGAACUGGACAAAAAGACCGGACUUAUUAAGGUUGAUAGGAUUCUAUACUCGUCAGUGGUUUAUCCUCAUAACUAUGGUUUCAUUCCUCGCACAUUGUGUGAAGACAAUGAUCCCUUGGAUGUUUUGGUUCUCAUGCAGGAGCCUGUUCUUCCUGGUUGUUUUCUGCGAGCCAGGGCCAUUGGACUUAUGCCCAUGAUUGACCAGGGAGAGAAAGAUGACAAAAUUAUUGCAGUUUGUGCUGAUGAUCCAGAAUACAAGCAUUACACCGACAUCAAAGAGUUGGCUCCUCAUCGUCUCAUGGAGAUCCGUCGUUUCUUUGAAGACUACAAGAAAAAUGAGAACAAGGAGGUUGCAGUUAACGACUUCUUACCUUCAACAAAUGCUGUUGAUGCCAUCCAGUACUCCAUGGACCUUUAUGCUGAGUACAUUCUCCACACCCUGAGGCGAUAGAUAAAUGGCCGAAACUGACUGAAAGGGUGUGUGUCACAGUUUUCGUGCUGGGAUUCUUAUGAUUUUGAAUACUAUUUUCAGCGACUUUUUGUUUAAAUAUAUUACAUAUUUCAUCAAUGACUCCUCAUUGAUGAUGAUUAGUGCUUAAUAGUUUUGAACUACUUAUUGUGAUAAGAGAUCAACUAUGAUAUCUUAAUAUGAAAAGUUUAAUUGAUGCCUUAAA